AGUUUCAUCUGUCAAAAUCAGAGCACGCACGCAUGUUUUUUGUUUACAAUUUGUUUCUUGUUUUAUCGUCAUCGACCAAAUAGAAUUUCUUGGGUGAAAUGUCCUUUGCUGAGUGGGUGAAUCUUAUCAGGGCUGCGGAGAAGUCGUCUAUUAUCUCAGGGAAUCUGCGAAAGGUGCACUACACAUUUCCAGAUGGCCGAGAAAUGGUUGAGGAAUACAGCUUGGAAACAGGAAUUAUUCAGAGAAGAGCUUGGCGGAAGAAACAGGACUUGCGAGGAGAACCAGACUGGGAGAUCGAACUGGGUGACUGUGUGAAAGAUUUAAGAAUGGGAGGAGAGUUUCUGCUCAAGGAAUCAAACACCGAGCCGAUUCUUACAAAACGCAUUACAAAGUUGAAUAUUGAAUGGAGAAUCAGGAAUCUUCCUUAUCCCAUUGAGACAUACUCAGUUACGGCAGAUUCUGAGAAACAGAGCAUUGUUGUGAGGACCAGCAAUAAGAAGUACUUUAAAAUCAUUCAAGUUCCUGAACUUCAACGUUGCAGUUCAGCGCCAAGGCAGGAAAAUAUCUCUUUCAAGCAUCAGCAUAACACACUCAUAAUUCUGUAUCAGAAACCCAAGAUUCUACUUGAUAUGGAAAAAGCUGUUCUGUUGGAACUCAAAGAUGUAGAAACAACAACAGAUCUCGAUGUUGAUUGUGAUGAACUUCUUCAGCAAUUGAUGGGAAAAUAAAUUAAAAUACAAUAAAAAUACAA